CAUGACACCCGCCUCCCCGCUGACGCUUAGUGAGUGUGCAGACAGACUCGGUCUGGAUCAGACGGCGGACACACCGACCGACAGACGGUCUCACCGUCACAGGCAGCGGAUCACAGCCGAGCCAAGAGAGCCGAGUCCCGGUGACCAUGUCGGUGCUCGGCCCGCCCCCCAGCAGCGCCGACGCCUGCCUCAGUAUCGUCCACAGCCUGAUGUGCCACCGACAGGGAGCAGAGAACGAGGGCUUCGCCAAACGGGCCAUCGAGAGUCUGGUGAAGAAGCUGAAGGAGAAGAAGGACGAGUUGGACUCGCUCAUCACCGCAGUCACCACCAACGGCGUCCAGCCCAGCAAGUGUGUGACCAUCCAGAGGACGCUGGACGGACGGCUGCAGGUGGCAGGUAGGAAAGGUUUCCCUCAUGUGAUCUACGCCCGCCUGUGGCGUUGGCCUGACCUCCAUAAAAACGAGCUGAAACACGUGAAGUUCUGUCAGUUUGCCUUCGACCUGAAGUACGACAGCGUGUGUGUGAACCCCUACCACUACGAGAGGGUGGCGUCCCCCGCCGCCACAGGUCCUCAGUCUCUGAUAAAGGAGGAGUUCAUGCAGGACUGCCUGCAGAUCGACCUGCCCCCCCACACUGACCCCUACAACCAGCCCCGCCCCGUCAGCAUGUAUCCCAGCAUGCCCCUCUCUCCUCCAGGCAGCAGCUCCAUGACGGCGGCAGCUCUGACGGCCGCCGCCGCCGCCGCCGUCAGCCGCGGUCGUGGCGGUGGAGGUGUCGGGUGUGUCGGAGGGGGCGGCGAGGGCACCGGCCUUCUUCAGAUCGCACCACCUCAAAACCACGGGGAUCACGCCUCCCCGCCCCACCCAAACCCCCCUCACACCCCCACCUCCCCAACCCAGCAAAGUCCAGAGUACAGCAGCGCCCCCAGCACAGCCACCUGGACAGGUAAUAGCCCUGUCCUCUACAACCCCGUGGGACCUCAUCAGAGUGGGCGGAGCCACCAGCAGCCUCCGUUACAUCAUCACCACGCCCCCAACACUCACUUCUGGUCACAGCAUCACAGUAGUACUCCGUAUCCACAGCCAGUGUCCAACCACCCAGGUCCAGAGUUCUGGUGUUCCAUCUCAUACUUUGAGUUGGACGUUCAGGUUGGGGAGAUGUUUAAGGUCCAGUCCAACUGUCCUCUGGUGACAGUGGACGGUUAUGUGGAUCCUUCGGGAGGGGACCGUUUCUGUUUGGGACAGCUCAGUAACGUCCACCGCACCGCCGCCAGUCACCGUGCCAGGCUCCACAUUGGUAGGGGGGUCCAGCUGGAGUGCCGAGGGGAGGGAGACGUUUGGAUGCGUUGCCUUAGCGACCACUCGGUGUUCGUCCAAAGUUUCUACCUGGACCGUGAGGCGGGUCGAGCGCCAGGAGACGGAGUCCACAAGAUCUACCCGGGAGCUUAUAUCAAGGUGUUUGACCUGAGGCAGUGCCACAGGCAGAUGCAGCAGCAGGCUGCAGCAGCUCAGGCAGCAGUCGUGACUCAGGCGGCAGCGGUUGUCGGUGCGAUUCCCGGGCCGAACAGCGUGGGGGGAAUUGCUCCCGCUGUCAGUGUGUGUUCGGCUGCAGGUCUCGGUGUGGACGACCUGCGCAGGUUGUGUAUCGUGCGUCUGAGCUUCGUUAAAGGUUGGGGGUGUGAUUACCCGCGUCAGAGCAUCAAGGACACCCCCUGCUGGCUGGAGGUUCACCUGCACCGAGCGCUGCAGCUGCUUGACCAGGUGGUGGAGCUGGUGGUGGAUAACUGUUGCUCCAGUGAUGGCGAGGUUGAAGGUCUGACAGACGAGUACACGGAGCUGGAGAUCCUCAGCAUGGUGAACGCCGGCCUCACAUCGCUCUCCAAGCUUCCUUCUCUGCCCAAACUCCGCAAGCUGGAGGUGAGUGAUAACACCAUCUCGGGAGGUUUGGACACAUUGGCAGAGAAAUGUCCCAGCCUGACGUACCUGAACCUGAGUGGGAACAAGAUCAAGGAGCUGAGCACCAUCAAGGCCCUGCAGAACCUGAAGAACCUGAAGAGUCUGGACCUGUACAGCUAUGAAGUGUCCACACUGGAGGACUACAGAGAGAGCGUCUUCGAGCUGCUGCCUCAGCUCACGUAUCUGGACGGGUACGACCAGGAGGACAACGAGGUGCCCGACUCAGAGGCAGACAAUGACGACGACGAUGAUGAUGAAGCCGGCCCACCUGGUGAUGAUGAGGACAAUGACGAUGAGGAUGAUGAGGAGGGCUCUGAAGGGGAUGGGGAUGAGGAUGAGGUUGGCCUGUCGUACCUGAUGAAGGAAGGAAUCCAGGACGAAGAAGACGAUGGAGACUAUGUUGAAGAGGAGGAGGAAGAGGAAGAGGAGGAGGAGGAAGAGGAAGAUGGAGAUGUGGACGCUGCAGGUGUUCGGGGGGAGAAGAGGAAGAGAGAUGCAGAGGAUGAAGGUGAUGAUGACGACGACGAUGAAUAGUCACCAUCACACGCAGUAACACCUGACAGAACCCACCCCACCCCCGCCAGUGACCUCUGACCCCGCCGGCUGGCCGGACGUCACCUCAGAGCUGCAGACAGACAGGAAACGCGACGCAGAUCAGGUCCAGGAUCAGUUCGCCCCAACACACCCAGAAAAAAAUAUGCAGUCAUAUCAUCACGGUUAUGUGACUGAUGAUGUCAUCGUAAACCUUCGAGCAUGUGAUCAGAUCACAGACGUGAAGUGUUCUGAUUGGACAGCUGGGAAAGACAGCCUGAAAACUUCAUUUACACCCAAGUAACUGAGUACAUUUACUCCAGUGCUGUACAGAGUACACUUGUAGGUGCUUUUACUGCAGUAUUUCCAUCUAAUAGAACAGAAGAAAACAUCCCUCAGAUCAGUGUGUUUGUGUGCCGUUACCAUAGCAACAUGCUGUAUAGUGAAUGGCAGCAUACUCUGUCAGGGUCACGUGAUGCGUUCAGGUACAGGACUGAACGUAGGAUGCCUGCGUUUUAGCACAACACACAGUGACUGCGUGUGAGGCGUUCAUGUCUCUCCACACACAGCAGGAAAACGGGCUCUCUUGCUUUGCGUCCCUUCUUAGCUACAUGUUAUGCUACAUGCUCAUGUUGCCGAUGCGGCGUUUGGUUUGCUGACAGCUAACGGAGCAGCUACGCUAGCGUUAGACCGAGAAUAUCUGCUUUGUUCACGCUGUGAUGACUGCAUUUAUGUGGAAAACCAAAUUUUUACUGAAACCUCUGUUAUGUUUUUUACUGUUUGGAGUGUGUGUGUGUGUGUGUGUGUGUCCUGGGGGUCUGCGGCUCUCGGUGUCGGUCCGGCUCGCUCUGGUCUCUGGAUCUGCUCUGGUCUGUGUAAAUAGAAGUGAACCGGUCUCUGUAGGUUUUUGUCGUGUCGUCCUGUUUGAGUUUGGAGACGUGAAGCCGGAGUGGAUUCUCUUCCUCUGACUUGAUUUUAUUUUUUUAUUCCCGCCUUGUGAUCGUGUCGCUGUAACCGGAGUGUUUUUCAAUAAAACCAGCUGAAUUCUCA